GACAGGAAGGCACAGACACACACACAAAUAAAGAUCUCAUGGAUGGCAUUGACAAGUAAAUGAAGAGACUUAUCCUAACUGAGAGUUUCUACAUUGUUAACAGAAUGAGUGAUGAUGUCUCUGGCUUUAAAUGUUUCAUUUGUCUUUGGCCACGUUUGUUGCAUCUAGCGUCUGUUUUAAUCAGCACACAUUUAGAUGAUUGAAAUAUAUAUUAUAGAUAAAAUACAGAUUCAAAACCUUUUGAAAAACUGCUUUGUCUGCAGAAGAUUUGAGCUAUAUGAAACUUAAACGCUACAGCCCUGCAGUUUAUGCUGUUUAAAAUAUUGUAAUGUUACAACUAUACCCACUUGGCUGCUGCAACAAUGCAAUUUCUCAUUGGGAUUAAUUAAAUAAUCUAUCAAUCUUCAAUAUUUUCAGUGCCAUUCACUAUUUGUCAGACCUUCCUUGAAAUUUCUCAGUUUUACUUUAAAUCUAUCUAUCCCAAAGUUUCCAUUGAGUUUGGUAAAAUGAGUGAAACAGCGCCCUCUGGAUUGGAAGGUGUGGUAAACGUCAAUUAGCUUGUGUGGUGACAGAUGGUAUUGCACUGUUAUGGAGGCGAGCGUGUCUACCGAUAGAAACGCAGGUGAGAUUGGCAAUGGCAUCCCUUGAUAAGUAAAAACUUCAAGCCACUGGGAAACUAAGUAAGCGGUCAGGACUCAGGUAAAAAUUGUGAAUGGAAGCCACUGUGGCCUCUUUCACUCCAAUUAAACCCUAGAAAGUUAGCAAAGUUGUUCAAAAGAAACAAACUGGGUUAGUUAUCAAGUUUCCCAGCAGCGCUAAUGAUAUCAGCUACCUGCUUUUUUUGCGUGACUACUUCACUAGCUAAUCUUAGCUGGUUAAAAUCAAACCGCUCAAAAUGAUUGAGAGGAGAAACUGAAGGGAGCUGCUCCGAAACUGGACCUGCCCGGGUAAAGAAAGAGGGCGAAGUCAGAGCACAUGACACAUGGGAAGACUUGGACAAAAUAAUGUAAUUAUCUGACGUGGUUAUCAACACUUUGCCACCAUGGAGGCCAGCGGCCUUCUUCAAAUACCGGUAGCUGAAUCUUGUGGUGGUGUAGUCCAAGGACUGAAUGGUACCAUAGAGUCGCCUGGUUUCCCCCACGGCUAUCCCAACUACGCCAACUGUACAUGGCUGAUUAUAACAGGGGAGAGGAACCGAAUCCAGCUAACCUUCGUCACGCUGGCACUGGAGGAAGACUUUGAUAUUGUAUCAGUUUAUGAUGGACAACCGUCACCUGGCAACUUAAAAAUGAGGUUGUCAGGAUUCAUGCUGCCCUCCCCUAUAGUCAGCAGUGGAUCUAUAUUGGCCUUGUGGUUUACCACAGACUUUGCUGUCAGUGCACAAGGCUUCAAAGCUGUAUAUGAAGUCCUACCCAGCCAUACAUGUGGCACCCCUGGCCUCAUUCCAAAUGGAGUCAUUCAUGGCUUGCGGUACAACAUGGGAGACAAGAUCCGAUACAGCUGUGACUCAGGUUUUGUAUUGGAAGGACACAGUAUCCUCACGUGUAUUGUAUCACCUGGCAGUGGAGCACAGUGGGACUUCCCAUCACCAUUUUGUAGAGCGGAGGGAGCAUGUGGCGGUACAUUAAGAGGAACUGCAGGUUCAAUAACCAGCCCUGGAUACCCUGCAGAGUAUGACAACAACCUGGACUGUACGUGGUCAAUCCUCUCUGAACCCGGGGACACUAUAGCUCUCGUCUUCAAUGACUUCUUAUUAGAGGACAAAUAUGACUUCCUGGAAAUCAGCGGGACAGAAGCACCAAGCAUAUGGCUGACUGGUACAACCCUGCCCUCACCAGUGAUAUCAAAUAAGAACUGGCUUCGGAUACAUUUCACCUCAGAUAGCAACCACCGAAGAAAAGGAUUCAGUGCUCAGUACCAAGUGAAAAAAGCAAUAGAGUUGAAGUCCAGAGGAGUGAAGAUGAUGCCUAGUAAAGACUCCAGUCACAAAAAUGCUGUCUUGAGUCAAAGCGGUCUUGCUGGUGAUGUUUGUCCAGAUCCCGGAGUUCCAGAAAAUGGCAAGAGGAUGGGCUCAGCCUUCCAAGUUGGCUCCAGCGUCCAGUUCAGUUGUGAUGACAGCUAUGUACUACAAGGAUCUAAAAGUAUCACCUGUCAACGAGUCACUGACACACUGGCUGCCUGGAGUGACCACAGACCCAUCUGCAGAACCCGUACCUGUGGCAGCAACCUAAGGGGGCCCAGAGGGGUCAUAACUUCUCCUAACUACCCUGUUCAAUAUGAGAACAACGCACAUUGUGUGUGGGUCAUCACUGCAAUGGACUCUGGGAAGGUGAUAAAAUUGUCAUUUGAAGAGUUUGACCUGGAAAGAGGAUAUGACACACUAACUGUGGGAGAUGGAGGGAAGAUAGGAGACACACGGAGGGUACUCUAUGUACUUACUGGCUCAAGUGUCCCUGACCUCAUCGUUAGCUUGUCCAAUCAGAUGUGGCUACAUCUGCAGUCAGACGAUACAAUCGGCUCAGCCGGGUUCAAGGCAGUCUAUGAAGAGAUCGAACGAGGAGGCUGUGGUGAUCCCGGGGUGCCAGCAUUUGGGCGCCGUAGUGGUGAUCGCUUUCAGCAUGGUGACGUGUUGACCUUCUUUUGCCAGUCGGCCUUUGAACUGGUGGGAGAGAGGACUAUCACAUGCCAGCACAAUAACCAGUGGUCUGGCAAUAAACCCAGUUGUGUCUUCUCAUGUUUCUUCAACUUCACGGCUCCAUCAGGGACUAUAUUGUCCCCGAACUACCCAGAGGAGUAUGGAAACAACCUGAACUGUGUGUGGUUGAUUAUCUCUGAACCGGGGAGCCGCAUUCAUCUUCUAUUCUCUGACUUUGAUCUGGAGCCACAGUUUGACUGGUUGGUGGUCAAAGAUGAAGGCCUGUCUGAGCCAACAACAUUUGGGACAUUCUCUGGAAAAGAUGUUCCAUCACAGAUCGCCUCGAAUGGACACAUCAUCAGACUGGAAUUUCAGUCUGAUCAUUCUAAUACUGGAAAAGGCUUCAAUAUCAGCUACACCACAUUUGGUCAGAAUGAAUGUCAUGACCCAGGAGUUCCUGUCAAUGGUCAAAGGUAUGGUGACCAAUUUCAGCUAGGCAGUUCCGUGGCUUUUCGCUGCGAUCAAGGAUUCAUUAGAACACAGGGGUCCGAUCAGGUCACUUGCAUUAUCCAGGAUGGAAAUGUUGUUUGGUCUGCGGCUGUACCUCGCUGUGAAGCUCCAUGUGGAGGCCAUCUCACAGCUCCUACUGGUGUUCUGCUGUCUCCUGGUUGGCCUUCUUUUUAUAAGGAUUCUCUGAACUGCCAGUGGGUGAUUGAAGCACAGCCAGACCAUGCUGUGAAGAUCCACUUUGACAGGUUCCAGACUGAGGUCAACUAUGACACACUGGAAAUUCGGGAUGGCCCCGCAGCCUCCUCUCCCCUGAUCGGUGAAUACCACGGCACCCAAGCACCUCAUUUCCUGAUUUCUACGUCCAACGUCCUGUUCCUAUUGUUCACUACAGACAACAGUCGUUCUGCAGCAGGCUUCAGCAUCAGAUAUGAAAGUGUGAAAAUGGAAUCAGAUUCUUGUCUCGAUCCUGGUAUCCCAGUCAAUGGUCGUCGCUAUGGGAGCAGCUUUUCCAUUGGCUCCCGUGUCUCAUUUACAUGUGAUCCAGGAUACACACUGAGUGAUCAGGAGCCCAUUGUUUGUGAGCAGAAUCAUCAGUGGAGUCACGCUCUUCCCAGUUGUGAUGCGCUUUGUGGAGGCUAUGUCUAUGGUAAAACAGGAACAAUUCUGUCUCCUGGCUUUCCUGACUUCUACCCCAAUUCUCUUAACUGCACCUGGACUAUAGAGGUAUCUCAUGGGAAAGGAGUCCAUCUGGUUUUCCACACUUUCCAUCUGGAGGAGAACCAUGACUACCUUUCCAUCACUGAAGACAGCAAUUUCCAGGUUCCAGUAGCUCGACUCACUGGCUCAGUGCUGCCCCCUAGUGUCAAAGCAGGGCUCUACGGGAACUUCAGCGCUCAGCUACGUUUCAUAUCGGAUUUUUCCAUGAGUUAUGAAGGCUUUAAUAUUACUUUCUCAGAAUACGACUUGGAGCCAUGUGAGGAUCCCGGUGUACCAGCGUACAGCAGGAGGAUGGGAUUUAGAUUUCGAGUUGGCGACUCGCUGGCCUUCUCUUGUUUCCAUGGCUACCGACUUGAGGGAGACAGCAAGAUCACUUGUCUGGGAGGAGGCAGGCGAGUCUGGAGCAACACACUACCACGAUGUAUCGCGGAGUGUGGAGCCUCCUCACUAGGACCAGAAGGUGUUCUCCUCUCUCCUAAUUUCCCCUCCAGCUAUGAUAACAACCACGAGUGCAUCUACCGCAUCACUACCGAAAAGGGCAAGGGAAUCAGGCUGAAAGCUGAGAGCUUCUCACUGCAAGAUGGAGAUUAUCUCAAGGUGUAUGAUGGAGAGAACACUUCAUCCCGUCUCCUCGCUAACUUUACACGUGAGGACAUGAUGGGUUAUGUCAUCAAUAGUACAUCCAAUCGCUUGUGGCUGGAGUUCAACAGCAACGCCUCUGGAACCAAUCAGGGCUUCCGCCUCACAUACACAAGUUUUGACCUAGUACGCUGUGAAGAACCAGGUGUCCCUAGUUAUGGCUAUAAGAUCCAGGACGACGGUCAUUAUGCCAACACGUUUGUCCUGUACUCCUGCAACCCUGGAUACAGUCUCCAUGGCAGCAGUACACUGACCUGUCUUAGCGGGGACAGACGUGUCUGGGACAAACCACUUCCUUCCUGUAUUGCGGAGUGUGGAGGUCACAUAACUGGAGCAGUGUCUGGACGGAUUCUGUCUCCGGGAUAUCCUGCUCCAUAUGAAAACAACCUUCACUGUACCUGGACUAUAGAAGCUGAUACGGGCAAGACUAUCAGCCUCCACUUCAUCGUCUUUGACACUGAGGUUGGCCAUGAUAUCCUGAGAGUUUGGGAUGGUCCAUCUGGCCCAUCAGACGGGGGGAUCUUGUUGAAAGAAUGGUCAGGCCCAGCCUUACCUGAAGAUAUCCACUCAACUUUCAACAUACUCACAUUGCAGUUUGAUUCUGAUUAUUUUAUCAGCAAGCAAGGAUUUUCUAUACAGUUCUCCACCACUACAGCAACAACAUGCAAUGACCCAGGCAUCCCUGUAAAUGGUUCUCGAUAUGGGGACAAUAAGGAGCCUGGUGAUAGUAUGACAUUCCAGUGUGACCCAGGCUACCAGCUGCAAGGCCAGGACACUAUCACAUGUGUACGGAUGGAUAACAGAUUCUACUGGCAACCUGACCCUCCAACAUGUAUAGCGACAUGUGGGGGUAAUGUCAGCGGUCCUUCGGGAGUAAUCCUGUCUCCUAACUACCCCCAGCCUUACCCUGCUGGGAAAGAAUGUGAUUGGAGAAUCAGAGUCAACCCAGACUUUGUCAUUGCUCUCAUUUUCAAAAGUUUCAACAUGGAGCCAAGUUACGACUUCCUGCACGUCUACGAGGGUGAAGACUCUAACGGGCCGUUACUAGCAAGUCUCCAAGGCAACCAGGCCCCUGAGCGAAUAGAGAGUGGUGGUAACAGUCUCUUCCUGGCAUUCAGAUCCGACGCCUCACUGGGCAUGUCUGGGUUCGCCAUCGAAUAUAGAGAAAAACCAAGAGAGGCCUGUUUUGACCCUGGUAACAUUAUGAACGCCAGUCGGACAGGUUAUGACUAUAAACUGGGAUCUCAGGUCUCCUACAACUGUCACCAUGGCUACACAACAGUGGGCGGGGAUACCAUCACCUGCGUUAUGGGGCAUGAUGGGAAGCCGGUGUGGGACAGGGCUCUGCCAUCAUGUAAAGCUCCAUGCGGAGGACAAUAUGGUGGAUCUGAAGGAGUUGUUUUGUCUCCAAACUAUCCUCUAAACUACACUACAAGACAGACUUGCUCCUACUACAUCACUGUGUCCCCACAGUUUGUGGUGUUUGGUCAGUUUGCUGUUUUCCAGACAGCAAUGAAUGACUCAGUGGAGCUGUUUGAUGGAGCCAAUGAGAAUGCUCGACUGCUCAGCUCCCUGGCUGGGUCACAUUCAGGAGAGACAUUGCCAUUGGCAACUUUCAAUCAAAUCAUGCUGCGGUUCAAUGCUAAGAGUGGGCAGUCAGCUAGAGGCUUUCACUUUGUCUACCAAGCUGUGCCACGCACCAGUGACAGUCAGUGCAGUUCUGUGCCAGAGCCUCGGUACGGCAGGCGGAUCGGUUCAGAGUUCUCAGCUGGUUCUGUGGUUCGGUUCGAGUGCAGUCCAGGGUAUCUACUGAAAGGAUCCAGUGCUAUGCGGUGCCAGGCCGUGCCAGGUGCCCUCGCACAGUGGAAUGCAACAACACCAACCUGUAUAGUUCCCUGCAGUGGCAAUUUGACUGAACGUCGCGGUACAAUACUGUCUCCUGGUUAUCCUGAACCCUACCCAAAUAGUCUCAACUGUCUGUGGAGGAUCCAUGUCAGUGAAGGGGCUGGGAUACAGAUCCAAGUGAUGACGUUUGCCACUGAGCACAACUGGGACUCUCUGGAGAUCUACGAUGGAGGAGACAUGACAGCUCCUAAAUUAGGGUCAUUUUCUGGAACCACUGCUCCCGCCCUCCUCAACUCAACGUCCAAUCAGCUCCUUCUGCACUUUCAGAGUGACAUCAGUGUGGUGGCAGCAGGUUUUCACCUAGAAUACAAGACUGUUGGUCUUACCACCUGUCCAGAGCCAAUGAUCCCAGCCAAUGGCAUUAAAACAGGGGACAGAUAUAUGGUCAAUGAGGUGGUAGCAUUCACCUGUGAACCUGGGUACACAUUACAGGGCCACUCUCACAUUUCCUGCAUGCCUGGCACAGUGCGUCGAUGGAACUACCCACCUCCUCUUUGCAUAGCUCGUUGCGGUGGGGUGUUGUCUGUGAUGAGUGGUGUCAUCCUUAGUCCAGGUUUCCCUGGCAACUACCCCGGCAACCUGGACUGCACCUGGCAAAUCACCCUGCCACAUGGAUAUGGAGCCCAUAUUCAAUUCCAAAACUUCUCUUCUGAAGACAAUCAUGACUUCCUGGAGGUCAGGGCUGGACCACAGCACAGCUCUUCUCUUAUUGGACAGUUUACUGGCUCGCAGAUCCCACCCCCUUUGCUGAGCACUACACACCUGACAAUCAUCCACUUCUACAGUGACCACUCAGAGAACAGGCCGGGGUUCAAACUGACCUAUCAGGCCUAUCAACUUCAGAACUGCCUGGACCCUUUUCCUUUCCCCAAUGGCGACAUCAUCAACAGUGACUACAGCGCUGGCCAAUCAGUAACUUUUCAGUGCUACCAUGGUUAUGUUUUGAUCGGACACCCAGUACUAACAUGCCUGCACGGGACUAACCGGAAGUGGAACCACCCGUUUCCACGCUGUGAGGCUCCUUGUGGCUAUAAUGUCACGGCUGAAAACGGGACUAUCUAUUCACCUCAGUACCCCAAUGAAUACCCCAACUCCCAAGACUGUAGCUGGCUCAUCACUGUUCCCCACGGACAUGGAGUUUAUAUCAACUUUACCUUAUUGCAGACAGAGCCUGUCACUGAUUACAUCGCUGUCUGGGACGGUCCAGAUACGUCUAGUCCUCAGCUGGGAGUCUUCAGUGGCAACACAGCAUUAGAGUCGGCCUAUAGUACCAGCCUGAAGGUCCUGAUCCGCUUUCACUCUGACUUUUCAACUGGAGGGUUCUUCAUUCUCAAUUUCCAUGCCUACCGUCUGAAGAAAUGCCCUCCUCCCCCUGUUGUGGAUAAUGCAGAGGUGAUCUAUGAAGAUGAAGACUUCCAGAUAGGUGAUACUGUGAAGUACCGCUGUUUACCUGGAUACACACUGGUCGGAAAGGCAGAGCUUAUGUGUAAACUCAAUUCCCAUUUGCUUUUUGAAGCCCCGCCCCCAACAUGCCAAGCCCAGUGCCCAGCCAAUGAGGAGCGGUCUUCGUCAUCAGGAGUGAUAUUAAGCCCUGGGUUUCCUAGCAACUAUCCCAACAGCCAGACAUGCUCCUGGCUGCUACAUAUGGUUCCAGGUUACACCAUCAAUAUCUAUGUAGAGAUGUUCCACAGCGAGAAACAGUUUGAUGAACUGGAGAUAUUCGAUGGAUCCUCAGGACAGAGCCCUUUGCUUGUCGCUCUAAGUGGUAACCACUCAUUUCAGCUGAACUUCACAUCUAAAACAAACCAGCUCUAUCUACGAUGGUCCACUGACCACGCAACCAACAAGAGAGGAUUCAAGAUACGAUACUCAGCUGCCUACUGUAGCAUUAAUGAUCCUCCAGUGAAUGGUGGCGUGGUCAACCAAACCAAACUCCGUCCAGGUAGCAGACUUCAGUUCUAUUGUAACCGUGGUUACCGCCUGGUAGGCUCAAGUAAUGCCACCUGCAGGCUCCACCCCAAUGGGCUUUUCCAGUGGGAUGCACCACCACCUUUUUGUCAAGCUAUCUCAUGUGGAAUCCCCCAGUUGCCAGGAAACGGCAGCUUCAAUGCUAACCAGUACACCGUUGGUAGCCAGGUUACCUACCAUUGUAACCAUGGUUACCACCUUGACCCUGGUGUUCAAAUGACAGCAGUGUGUUUGGAGGAUGGCAUUUGGAGUAAUGCUGCCUCAGCACCCAGAUGUCUACCGAUCCGCUGCCCAAGCAUUGAGGGCACCUUGUCAGAUCACAUGACCUACCGCCUGCUCUCUGGUAGGUUGGGAGAGUUUGGUUCUAUGGUGAUGCUGGAAUGCUCAAUAGGGUACUAUUUGGGUGUGGGCCAUCGAACUCUUCGCUGCCUUGCCAACGGGACCUGGGAGGGGUCAGAUGACCCAGCUACAUGCAAGAUCAUCUCCUGUGGUGAGCUUCCUUCUCCACCCUUUGGAACCAAACUGGGGACGUUGACCACAUUUGGAGCAACUGCAAUCUUUAUGUGUAACCAUGGUUACACACUGGUGGGGUCACAUGUCAGAGAGUGUGGUGCUAACGGUCUCUGGAGUGGUGCAGAGACCAGGUGUCUAGCUGGUCACUGUGACUCUGCAGAUCCUAUAGUCAAUGGCCACAUUAGCGGAGAUGGCUCUAGUUACCGUGACACAGUGGUGUACCAGUGCAUGUUAGGAUAUCGCCUAAUGGGCACAUCAGUCAGAAUCUGUCAGCAAGAUCACCGGUGGUCUGGAACAACACCUGUCUGCGUCCCUAUCACUUGUGGUCACCCUGGCAACCCAGCCAACGGGCGGACCAAUGGCAGCGAGUUCAACCUCAAUGAUGUUGUCAACUUCACCUGUAACAGAGGUUACAUCCUCAGUGGAAAUGCUCGUGCCCAGUGCCGAGUCAACGGACAGUGGAGCAGCCCUCUACCUGUCUGCAAAGUGGUGAACUGUUCGGACCCUGGCCACGUGGAGAAUGGUGUGCGCCAAUCUGGCCUACGUUACCCAGAAGUCUUCAGCUAUGGUGUAACUGUGUCAGUCCACUGUAAACGAGGCUUCUACCUCCUGGGCUCUGCACUCCUCACAUGCCAGCAUGAUGGACGAUGGGACCGACCAAUCCCUCACUGCCUAGCUAUUUCCUGUGGUGACCCCGGUGUACCCCCCAGUGCAGUAGUAUCUGGAACCCACAGUUGGACGUAUGGUUCAGUGCUGCAGUACUCCUGUCUGCCUGGAGGGAUGCUGGUGGGCAAUUCUACUCGCCACUGUCAGGAGGAUGGCACGUGGAGUGGAGUGCCACCAUACUGCACUGGUGUAAGCCCAGGAGUCUGUGGAGACCCAGGAAUCCCUCCCCACGGUGCCCGUCUGGGGGGUGAUGAAUUUAAAACCAAGAACCUGCUGCGUUUCAGCUGCGAGGCGGGAUAUAGUCUGAUUGGCUCAGCUGAGAGGACCUGCCUUAACAACGGCACCUGGAGCAGCACGCAGCCUGUCUGUCAAGCUGUAUCCUGUGGUAACCCUGGCACCCCAGCACACGGCAGAAUUGUCUUCAGUGAUGGCAUAACUUUUGGCAGCUCGGUGGCUUAUGCAUGCUGGGAUGGCUUCAAAACAUCAGGCCUGACCACCAGACACUGCACAACAAAUGGGACAUGGACAGGACAACCCCCAGACUGCACUGUGAUCAGUUGCGGAGACCCUGGGCCAGUAGCCAAUGGAAUCUAUCUAGGAAGUGAAUUUACCUUCAACCACACUGUGAACUACCGCUGUAACCCUGGUCACCUGAUGGAACCACCUGGACCUGGACAUAGCGUUCUGCGUUGCACUAAAGAUGGAACCUGGAACCAAACCAAACCCAGCUGUAAAGUGAUCCUGUGUGGACCUGCUCCUCAAGUACAUCAUGGGAAAGUGGAAGGAACCGACCAUUCAUGGGGAUCGAGUGUUAGUUACAGUUGUUUCCAAGGUUACCAGUUGUCCACCCCUACUGUGUUAACCUGUGAGGGGAACGGGACGUGGACAGGCGACGUACCACAGUGUCUGCCUGUCCUGUGUGGUGAUCCUGGCUCCCCUGGAGGAGGAUUCAGAGAGGGGAGCAUCUUUUUCUACCGGUCAGAGGUCAGGUUCUACUGCCAUGCCCCCUACUUGCUGGUAGGCUCUGCCUCCAGAGUCUGUCAAGCUGAUGGGAUUUGGAGUGGCCAACAACCAGCCUGUAUAGACCCAGCCUUCAACAGCUGUCGUGACCCAGGAACUCCAGCCUAUGGUAUCCCAGUCACGGCCCAAGGCUUUCAGGUUGGCAGUAAAAUUUCCUUCAAGUGCCGUAAGAACUACCACAUCCUUGGUUCCACCACAAGAACGUGCCUAGAAAACCUAACCUGGAGUGGAACUCAACCUGAGUGCAUAUCCCAUUCAUGCAGACAGCCAGAGACCCCCAGUAAUGUAGAUGUUCGAGCUAUGGACCUGCCUACCUUGGGAUAUACGCUGAUCUACACCUGUCAAGACGGUUUCUAUCUGGCUGGGGGAUCAGAGCACAGAACCUGCAAAAGCGAUGGGAGAUGGUCGGGCAAACCCCCGCUCUGUAAAGUCGGAGUGAAGGUCAAUCCGAAAGGCAGAGGAGAGUCAGAUGUCCAGAAGAACAAGAUCCGAGUUCCAGUGGACGUGUUCUCUCUAAACUCUGAGUGGAGUGGUUUUUACGAGUACCUAGGGAAGAGACAGGCCACCACAUUUACAGUUACUGGGUUCAAUGCUACCAGCGGCAGAGUUAACGUCACAUUGUUGGAACCCAGCGGAGUGUCAAUCAGACUGUCAGGUACCUAUAAGUCAGAAGAGAACCAGCUGCUGUUGAAGGUCUACCAGGUGAAGGGCCCGGCAGAGCAUUUCCUCAGCAAGUUUAAAAACGACAACUGGGCUAUGGAUGGAUAUGUGACUGCAGAAUCAGACCAGAAGACUUUUGUCUACCAGGGGCAUAUUCACAGUAAAGACUUUGGCAAGUUCCAUCUGACGCGGCAAGGUCCUGUAACCAUGGCAAUGGACCCAUCCAACCCCUACACAAACAGCAGCUCUGUGGCAGCAGCCAUCUUAGUUCCCUUCUUUGCCCUCAUCCUCUCUGGAUUUGCCUUCUACCUCUACAAGCACAGGACAUUGUCUGCUGACACAGAUGACAAUGAGAGACCAAAAGACACCUGGGGGCCUGGCGGCAGGACACGUCCCAAGGUCCAGUUCAAUGGUUAUGUCGGCCAUGAGAGCUCCAAUGGCCAGGCAUCAUUUGAAAACCCAAUGUAUGACACCAACAUGAAGCCUACUGAGGCUAAGGCAGUUCGAUUUGAUACUACACUCAAUACAGUCUGCACUGUGGUAUAGUCCAACAAACUUGUCACUACCUAUACAGUGGUUCAGUCCAGCCUCCCAGUUGCAGUCUGCGGUGUGGUUUCAGAGAAGAAAGAACAAACUUAUGAUCUGGACUCGUCACCAUGGGCAGUCUGUGUUGUAGCAUGCUGGUCCUCUGUCAGCAUAAUCUGCACAGUAAUGCAGCUCUGCUCCACCUCUUACCUGAACAAUGGUAUCAUCCAUCUCAACCUAUAGUCUGAAAGAGCGUAAUAAGUUGGAACCAAUAAACAAGGGAGUAGACAAUGACAUCAUCAAAUAACAUGAAAUCUGUUGUUCAGGAGAUCAAUGCUGGGACCAGAGUUCCUUUUAAGCGCUGUUGCUAUUCAGACAUCAAGGAAAAACUCAGAAAGAUGGUACAACUAAUUGAACUUCCACCAAGAGCGACAACCUCAUUGAACAGUGCUCGUCCAGUGUCAGUUGACAAAAUUUUACCCAACCUCCUUAUGGAAAGGGCCAGAGUCAUAUGGCCCUCAAAUACCCUCCCUGUAACCUGAAUAGUGGUUUACCCAACCAAACCCCAUACCCCAUGUCAAAUUUGCACAGUGGUAUAGGCUCACUAACUCCCCUACUGCAGGCCAGACAUGGGUUUGACCGAUGCGAGGUUCUACCCUCAGGGGAAGCACAUAGACUAUUCCACCCUUCAACCCCCUCCAGACAUUGAAUAGUAAUUGGAUGGUUCCUAUAUGUCAACACAAAAACCAUCAUUGGUGCUGGACCAAAAAACUCCCACUGGACUUGACAGGACUGGACUCUCUGAUGUAAUGACAGCUUUCAGAGUCUGUUUUGGUGGAAUCUGAAAUUGAUUGUAUAGACUACAGUAAAGUUGACAACUAAAUGCAGUCAAUGCAGUGACAAGUUCAACCAGACCAAUUCCUUUAAAGAAAAUGAUACUCUCAUCCAGUACUAGAUACUAGUAUUAAAUUAGUACUAGGAGUGGUGGACUAGUGCUAGACAAGCCAGGGUCAAAUAACAGUUGCAGAUAAGUUUAAAAUGUUUGUUUUAGCCUACUUAGAGAACUGAAUGGGUUAGGUUUAAUAUAGCAGGACAAUCACAGAGUUAGGUAAGUUGAGUUGUCAGUCAAUAAUGGCUUUUCAAAUAGGUGCCUGUGAUUGUCUUUAACUUCUGCCACUUACUGUAUUGCCUUUUAUGACAAUGUCUACCUACAGUGUUUGGCAACUAAUUAGGCUAAAACAUACCAAAUCAAGCAUUUGCAAAUGCUGUUUUUCCCAGGUUUAGUACGAGAACAAUAUUCCACACUAGCACUAGGCAGACCGUGCUGAACCAGAAAUCCAGACAUUUUAGUUGCCGGGCUGGUGUACACAAUGGACUGGUUUCCAGAGACCUGUCUAACACAAUCAAAGAGUCAGACAACUGAUUCUUGUUCUUGGACUAGCCAGGAUUCUGUGCUUGGUGGCUGAACAAGGGGAAGCCUGGAGGCAAUAAGCUGUCAAGAUCAUUGUGGCCAAAUCGAGGAAAUGAUUUGUCUUCUCGUAACUCCGAUCGGGAUUAUCAGUCAAGUGAUGACUGAUUUCUUUUCUACAGUAUACUCUCCAGCCACAGAAUCAGAAAUAGAUGAACACAUUAAGAGACAGACUGGCAGACUGACAGAAAUUAGACAGACGGACACAGACAAAUGGACAGACAGACACCUCUGUCAGUCGUGCUGGAAAAGAGAGACAAGGGCAGGUUGCUAUGGAAACAGAGGCAAAUAGUUGUCUCUAAUUGUCUCUUCUGGCAUUUUUCUUCAGUGAAGAUAUUGAUGAACAGACUCCAUGUUCAAAAACCCAGUGGCCCCAUGGGACUUCCCGAACCACUGCUGCUGGGGACCCCAAAAUAUAAACUUUAUAUAAACUCUUAAACCGCACAAAUUUUGCACUAGUGUGUUUUUCUGACUGGGUUAUGAAAAAAUGAAUAAUUUUUGGGUCUGAAAUGGGUUUGAAAAAUGAGUCAUUCAAAAAAGAGAAUUUUAUUCAAAAACUUCUAUCUUUAAAAAGACGGCAAAAUGACUAAAUACAGGGUUACAGAGUGUUUGUAUAUACACAUUUAUAUUUCACACUCCCUGUCAGCAGAAGGUGUGACCACAUGCUAUACCGUUGUUUAUUUUGUUGCCUUGACAACAUGCUAGCCAACCAGAAAGUUGGGAUCAGUUUACCUGUGGACCUCCGAGCUUCUAGUGUCACGCAAUGACACCACUUUUUUGUGCCAUUUCUAGAACAGUAGCUGUUUCUGAAAGCUCAUACUGAAUACUGGUAUUGUUACUGAAUACUAUAAUAUGUGGAAGAAAUAUACAGAAAGGCUCAUACCCAUAAUAUGCAGUAUGGUCCUACUGAAACACUGGUGCCACACUGCUAGUUUUAUUUACAGGCAUUAAACUCCUAAUUUUCUGAGAUACUGUGCAAUAUUCUUAAGGUACACAAAAUAGUACACAAAGAUUAAAUAUUAUCCCAAUAUAGGCUUUUUUUUCAGUUGAGCACUUGUAAUAGCAGACAGUGUCAGCUUUCAGAAACAUGUCUCUCUAACUCUCUUUAAAAAGAUGUGUUGUUUCCCCAACUACUCAUGUUAUCAUGCAUCAUCUUUCAACACAUUUUACAUAUCUGAUGCACAUGAUGUUAUUUCAACACACCUUUUCAAAGAGCCCACAGUGUAUGUGUGAUCUGUUUGAGAAUUGGUCAUUUAAGGCAGAGGACAAACAGAUACAGUAUGAAGACAACAUGCACAAUUAUUGUUGUCGAUAGUUAUCGCCGCCGGAGGCCCCCCCCCCCCCAUUGUUUGAGAAAUACCUCGUGUGCAGAGAGUAAGUUAUAUCCUGCUUAUCAAUGCUGGAACCUCACUGCGACAAAUACACAAGCUUAGUGAGUGAGACCUUGCAUUCAGCUUAUUUCCUGGUAUUUUAAGUCAAAAUGUCGUACUAACACCAUUGAGUCUAGCUUCAAAUCACUUGUCAAGCUUGUUAUUUCUCGCAGUGUUCUCAAAAUAUUUUUAUUUUUAGUAAGAUGCUGCACUUGGUUUAGAUCACAGAUGUAACUGCUUUCAAUGUGUGUCUUUCAGUGUCUUCAGGCCUUUUUCUUGUUUGUUUCACACUCCAUGUGCACCAUUCUGCCAUUAGAUUUACACUUCAGGCAUUUGCUUUAACCUGCAUGAUUUUUAUUGUCCAGAUGAAUUUUCCUUUGUGUUCCCCAUGUUUUCAAAUAUUCAAUCUCAAUCCAUCAUACUGUCAUACCUACAAACAGUAAAUCCCAAAUCCAUUCAUUUACACAAAUGAUAUCAAGUGGUGACUGGAAUGUAUGAGAGAAAACUAUGAGAGAACUGAUAAAAUGAAGAUUUUGUCCAUGAAACACAUGUUAUAUUGCAGUGUUAUAUUCAUGGCCAAGACUCAAUUCGCUAAAAUCAGAGAGUGGAUUUUCCCCAGAGCUGGAAAAAGAACAUCUGGCACGAGAAGGUUGUUAUAUCCACCUAUUUUGAAACAAGUGAGAAUGAAUUAACAAGCAAAUUGCAGUCUCUAUUUACAUUUUCAGCUCAUUUAAUUGAAAAUGAAUCUACUCCAAACCUGAAUGUUGCAAAUGAAAUGUCCUGAAACAAUGGCGAUUAUGUUUGGAAGCAUGACUACGGGAUAUUGUUGGUAUUAUAAUAUAUCCAUUGUUAGCCUGUCAUUCACAGCCUCAGUGUCAGGGUCAUGGUCAGACAGUCAGAAACAUGUACACCAGUGUGAGGCACAGAAAAUAAAGAUAUGCAGAUGUGUGUACUAGCUACAGUAUAAUACUGGCAAUGGUUAAAGAGUGUGACAGAAGACACACAUACACAAUCUCUUCACAGAAAUAAAGAAGACCUCUGUAAAAAUCUUCUGUAAAUAACAGUAGUACAAGAGUACACCCAGUGCCUCAGUUUUAAUUGAUUAAAUUAAUUCAGUUGAGACUUCCUAUGGAGUCAAGAGAGCAUAAUAGAGCCUGAAAAUUAGAGGCAGCAAGGUUUCCACAGGCGUAAUAAAAGGUCUAAUUUUUAACAAUUAAUGACACAGAUCUGAUCUCCUAGCAUGCCCUAACAAGAAAAUGUAGACUCCACAUUGUCCCUGUUUAUAGAUAUAGAGUGCUACAACAGAGAUUUCAGAUUUUACAUAUCCACAGAAAUUUGGGGAAAUGCAAAGUGACUGUUUGUGCCACUAUGGCACACAUGCCAUAAUAUGGUCUCAAUCUUACAGCAGAAAUCAUACUCUUAGAAGUUAUUACAGUGUUUUUGUAAUAUUUCUUCCCCUCGAUUCUAAUAUUCUGAUAAAUUUAGAUAUGCUGAGUCAUGGUGGAGGUGCAAACACAGCCCUUGAUUUUUGAAGUGCUAUAUUACAACUAAACAGAAAUUAAAUGUUACAAAUUUGUAUUCAGUAUAUUAAAAUAUCUGUUUCAACAAAAAAAGUCUUCAACAGGGCCACAGAAAUAUUCAAAAGGGAGAGAGGUGUCGCGCUGAUAGCUGGAAAUAAUUCAUUUUCUUGAUAAAUGAAAGGAAUGUGAAUGAUUGAAAUGGGAAGAAAGGCACUCCUCUGUGGUCUAUCUGUGUUUCCUCUCACCUAAGAAUAGCAGAAAAAGGAGGUGGUCUAUUGUUGUGGCCUUGAUUAAGAUAAUUUUUGCGGACAUGAUCUUAUAUACUAUUGGACAAAAGUGUGUCGCAAAUUUUAAAUUUAAAUAAAAUCAAAUUUUAUUUCAAAUGACCCUUCCUGGUGCAAUGAGAUACUCUUGAUCAGUAUAGCUAUUCUGUUCAUGUCUGUUGGAAAAUGUAGGAAAGACAUACUGAGGCUGAUACCGUGUGAUACAUUGACUUCUGGCCUCUACUAGUACCCUCUCUCAGUCAACUUUUAAAAAUGAGAUGCUUGUUAUCCUUCUAAACAUAACACAUCACUUCUAUUAGAUUCCUUGAAAAUUUAUGAAAAUGUUCUGUUCACUCAAGACUUUUUUUUUUCCAAAUUUCUGUUAAAGUUUCCACAUUUGUCUUUCAUUUGCCAUCGUCAACAGUCCUCCCUGUUUAAAAGAGUGACAGUUGGCUACAACUUAAAAGAAUAGAACGACCCACUAAAUUCUAAAAUGCCACGGUUGUUUGUUCUUCUUCAGCUAAGAAUUUUCAUAGUUUGGGAAGAAGUUUCCACAUUUGUCCCUCACUUUCUCUAAAGUAUUAUUGUCAGCACUGAAACAAAGGGGCCCAGGUUGCUGCGAGAUGUCACACAAUGUCACAUGGCAGGGAUGAGCUUUUUUCCACCAAGUCUUAAAUACAGAAUAGAUUCAAUGCAGAUAUAAGAUGUAUCUAAAUUAGACAGAAAUAUGGGGUCUGAGAGUCAUUUAAACAUUGGUGCAAAUAUACCCAGGAAGGACUGCAGAGGGAUGUCGCUCAACAUUUCCUGUAGGAAUACUGUAGGAAAAUCUGGUUGCAGUCCUGCUUGGAGAGGAACUGUGUCAUACAUGUGUACAUAUAUGGCACUAUAGCCAUAUGGACCUAUUUUUAUUUUAUUGCCAGAUGGAAAUCUGAUGCUCCUGUGUGUGUGUGUGUGUGUGUGUGUGUGUGUGUGUGUGUGUGUGUGUGUGUGUGUGUGUCUUAGACAAUCCUUGUCUUCUGUCCAUGACAUACACACAUACACUGCUUUUGGUUUCUGUUCGUAGUGUAAUCGAAUUAAAAUAUUCAGUAUUGCAGUUAAUUUGCCCUUGACAGGCCUUUGUUUCACCUUCUUCUUAUUAGUUUGGAUAGGACAAACUUCUCAUGCCAUACGUUCAGCAUCAGAGCUUUGAAGAAAAUCUACAACCUGGUGUGUCUGAAUUGAACGUGGGUUGACUGCAGCUCUGCUUCACUCAUCAGUGCAAAGGAUGAAUAAUUAUCAUUUCGGCACAUGGCAGCUUGUAGAUUGGGAUGCCACACAUAUUAGUGCUAUAUUCACACGUUACAGUGACAGGAUGCGUUCUCUGCAACACGUACUGACUUCCAGUAAGUAAGUUUGUUGCUUAUAAGUGUGUACUUAAAAAUUUUCUUUAAUUUUUGUUGUCCCAAAUGGCAAGUCCUCACCAGGAAAGCCAUUGCCAUUAAUGUUAUCGUUUUAAGCAUCAUACCGUCAUUAUCAUCACUGUCGCCUCUCACCAUCAUCAUGUGCUGCUGAACUUGAAGUAGGUGAAAAAGAAAAAACAAUUUUUGUACAGAAAUCUAUUUUUUAUGGAGAUUUGUAAAAAAACAAAUUAUUAAACAUGCUGUACUUUUUAUGAUUAAUAAUGUAGGUACAACAAAAUCUUGUUCAUUAAAGUCAAUGUUUUUACAGUUACACACCAUGUAAAAAUCUAUGGUUCAAACUGAGUAUCAAAUAUCAAAAUGUCAUAUGAUCUAUUUUGUCCAUUAUGGCUGCUUUUACACAGGAACAGAAAACCUUGUGGGACCCAGAGUUAAUUUUCUUCGUGCUGCAGAGACGCUUAUCUCUGGGUCACACCUGAAAAAAAAAAAAAAAAAUUGCUAUCUAACACACAAUCUAAAACACUUCAGUCUUAUAAAAUGAUGUAUCAGUUCCAACUCCUCAACAGCAGAGUAUGUGGGUCUUUUGAACAUCAACAUUUUUAAGUCAGCAUUGAUGGCAAAAACAUGGUAUAUAAUGUAACGAUACACAGAACAAUUUUGGGUGGCUUCUAAUGCGGCAGCUGUGCCAUAAGAGUUGCCUGAGCAUUGGUAAUUUCUCACAUUAAAAUAUCUUGUUUACAUAUAUUUUUUGAAUUGAUUUUAGACACACACAUACACACACUUUACAUUAAAAAAUGAACACAAGAUGUUUAGUGUCAUUAUGUCACGAACAGUAUUCAUGGAUGGGUUGAAAAUGACACUUCCUUUAAAAGACAGUGUUCUUGUGUAACAGCAGCCCUGUGUGGCUGAUCUUAAUGUCUAUAUCUGGGAGAGGGAUGAAUUCUACAGGCACAAAAGAUUUUGGAUGACUUGACCCCUUUAUGGCCCAAAAUCUGACCUCAUGUCUGUCUAAAUAAGAGGGAAUCUGGUUCUCCUUGCUUAGACAUUAUUAGGUUUAGAGUGGAAAAAUUAAAUUGUGGUAAAUUUAGGCUCUAGCAGCAGCAUUAGCAAAUCGGCAACACUUUUGGAGGCUCCAAAUCUAUCCAGGCUAUCUUGACUGGUAAAACAAGACUGGUACUUUAAGUUUUGAAUUGAAGGGCGGACAUUUUUCUUUUCUCUCACGAUCAUGAGAGAGAAACAACAUGGAGUGUUAUAAAGGGUUAAACAACAGAUAGUGUAUGUGAAUGCAGCCUCACAACCUGCUGUGAAAGAGACUCACAGUUGAUCUAUCAGCUAUUUUGAAAACAUUAUUUGAGAAUAAAUUUUUUGAUACAAUAA